AUGUCUGGCUUGCUCGGAAAAUUAUCUCCGGCCAAACGUGAAACCGGCAACAAUGAUCUUCCUCUGUUUUACGUAAACCAAACUUCCAUGGAGCCUCAGAGAUGUCCAAGAGGUACGCCUAGAGUUUCUGCCACACUCGCCGAGCUUCUUAUGAAUGUGGAGGAUGCAAGGAAUGACCAGAGUACAACUCGCCGGGCUUUGGAAAUGUCCUCACCUCUCACUUCUUCUGCAUCUUCUUUCAAUUCAUGGACCUCGGCUCCUGCUUCUUCAAUAUCUUCUUCCCCAUUUGUUCUUUCUUUCAACGACUUGACCUACAGCGUGAAGAUCCGGAAGAAGUUUGAGCCCCUUGCUUGCUGCGGGAGGCCACGAAAUGAUUCCGCGGUGAACACUAAGAUACUACUGAAUGGUAUUUCAGGUGAAGCCCGUGAAGGAGAGAUGAUGGCGGUUCUUGGAGCGAGUGGGUCUGGUAAGUCAACACUGAUCGAUGCAUUAGCCAAUCGGAUCGCCAAAGAUAGCCUAAAAGGCUCAAUUACUUUAAAUGGGGAAGUUCUUGAAUCCAGCCUGCAGAAAGUCAUAUCUGCUUAUGUUAUGCAAGACGACCUUCUCUUCCCUAUGCUUACGGUGGAGGAAACUCUAAUGUUCUCUGCAGAGUUCAGGCUCCCUCGCUCACUCUCCAAGAAGAAAAAGAAAGCAAGGGUUCAAGCUUUGAUUGACCAAUUGGGCCUGAGGAGCGCUGCAAAGACCGUGAUUGGUGAUGAAGGCCACAGAGGUGUGUCUGGAGGAGAAAGGAGACGGGUUUCAAUUGGAAUCGACAUAAUCCAUGACCCGAUUAUCCUCUUCCUCGACGAGCCAACCUCGGGACUUGACUCUACAAGUGCCUACAUGGUUAUCAAAGUGCUUCAGAGAAUCGCACAGAGUGGCAGCAUAGUUAUCAUGUCCAUCCAUCAGCCUAGUUACAGAAUCAUGGGUUUGCUAGAUCGGUUAAUCUUCCUUUCCAGGGGAAACACAGUUUACAGCGGCUCACCAACACAUCUCCCUCGGUUCUUUUCAGAAUUCGAUCACCCGAUUCCUGAAAACGAGAACAAAACAGAGUUCGCGCUCGAUCUUAUCCGGGAGCUAGAAAAUUCGGCAGAAGGAACCAAGGAACUUGUCGAGUUCCAAAAGCGAUGGCGGACAAAGCAGGCAUCGAGGUACAACAACGGUAGCAGAAACAACAAUGUCUCUCUCAAAGAAGCGAUAACCGCGAGUAUUUCCAGGGGAAAACUUGUCUCCGGAGCAACAAACAACUCCACAAACCUAACACCUUCAUUCCAAACAUUCGCCAACCCAUUCUGGAUCGAAAUGAUCGUCAUAGGCAAACGUUCAAUACUAAACUCGAGAAGACAACCUGAGCUAUUCGGAAUGCGUCUAGGAGCUGUAAUGGUCACAGGAAUCAUCCUAGCUACAAUGUUCACUAAACUAGACAAUUCCCCAAAAGGAGUCCAAGAACGACUAGGAUUCUUCGCAUUCGCAAUGUCCACAACAUUCUACACAUGUGCAGAAGCAAUCCCAGUCUUUCUACAAGAACGUUACAUAUUCAUGAGAGAAACUGCUUACAACGCUUACCGGAGAUCUUCCUACGUCCUCUCUCAGUCAAUAAUCUCGAUCCCUUCACUCAUCUUCCUCGCCGCAAGCUUUGCAGCCACAACAUUCUGGGCCGUUGGUCUCGCCGGCGGAGCCGAUGGAUUCCUCUUCUUCUUCCUCACAAUCUUAGCCUCGUUUUGGGCAGGAAGCUCCUUCGUGACGUUCUUAUCCGGCGUCGUAUCAAACGUAAUGCUCGGAUUCACCGUCGUAGUAGCGAUCCUCGCGUAUUUCCUCUUAUUCUCCGGAUUCUUCAUCUCUAGAGAUCGAAUCCCUCUCUACUGGAUCUGGUUCCAUUACCUCUCGCUAGUGAAAUACCCUUACGAAGGAGUAUUGCAGAACGAAUUCGAAGAUCCGACGAAAUGCUUCGUCCGUGGGAUUCAGAUAUUCGACAACUCGCCGCUUGGUCAGUUUCCGAAUGCCGUGAAAUUGAGUUUGUUGAAGAGUAUGAGCGGAGUUUUGGGGAUCAAUGUUACGGCGGAGACUUGCGUGACGACGGGAGUGGAUAUACUGAAGCAGCAAGGAAUCACAGAUAUAAGCAAAUGGAAUUGUUUGUGGAUCACUGUGGCUUGGGGAUUCUUUUUUAGGGUUUUGUUUUAUUUCACAUUGUUGAUCGGAAGCAAGAACAAACGGAGGUGA